AUGUCAUCGUUUAAUAAGGGAUUGACUUUGGAUUCGUAAGUAAAAUACUCCAAAGUGGUCUUUGAAAAUAAGUCAAACUCAAAUAUCUUUUUUGAGGAUUCAUCAGUUGAUCUAGGAAUUUCCUCAGCUCGAUCAUCAAAUAAAAAGCAUCAUUAAAUUGCAGCUGAUCUUUUGAAUAGAAAUCCUUUGAAAGGAGAUACCUUGCCUGAUCAAAACACAGUUUCUCGUAAAAAGGCAGUAGAGUACAAACCCUCUAAAAUCUUAGAAGAUUUGAAUAAAAAGCAGCUAUUUAUGCAUAAUGAAAUGAAAAGUUUAGAGGAAAUGAAAAAAACCAGAAAAUAUAAAGUUAUGGAAUAGAGACUUAAAAGUUCAGUAUUUGAUUCAUUUAUAAAACAAGACGAUCUCAACUAAACAGAAACAAAAGCUUUAAGAGCUCAAGGAACAUUCAAUUAAACCUCAAAAACUUAAAUGAACUCAUUGCUAUCAUACAAAGGAGUGCCUAAGUUUAGAGAAGAAUAAAUUCAAUCUAAGAUCAAUUAGGAAAGUCACAAAGACGCUUUGAAAAAUACUCUAUAAUAAAUUAUCAACAUGAAAACUCAGCCUAAAAUGACAAAGAGCAAGGAAUUAGCUUCCAAUAUUUUUUGA